AUAUCAACUAUUUUCAAUCAUUCGAAACAUCUAAGUGAUUGAUAAUUCAGCAAAUUAAUGAAGUCGUUCUAAUUAAAUAGAGAAUUUGUUACUGGUAGUUCCCCUGUACUGGGAAAUCAAGGCUGCCGAGCAUCAUUAAAAGGAUCAAGUUAAAUUUCAAAAACCACUAAUUAUUGAUGAAAUUUGAUUAAUUUUUAAAAUUUAUUCUAGUUUCAAUUAUUAAUCCGACUAAUUUUUAUGGUGAAAUUUUACUUUUGCUCAUAAAAUUUUAACUUUCUUUUUUUCAAAAUAAAAUUCAUACUUAAAAUUCAAUUUUUUUUGUUCAUCAUCAUAGUGGAGAGAAAAUCUGAAAUUCAGUACAGGGCAAAAUAUUAAAGUCUAGAUUUCUUGGAGCUUUUUAGCUAAAAAGUUACUUCCUUUUUUAUUGCCUCCUCUAAAACUCCAGUUUCAUCCCAUUGGUUUGAAAAUUGUCCAAAAGUGUAUCAAAAAUCAAGAUUGCAAGAUGAGUACAAGCAGGGCAUGGAUAGCAGCAACUAGUGUGGGAGUGGUAGAGGCACUAAAAGAUCAAGGACUUUGUAGGUGGAAUUACACAAUCAGAGCCAUAAAUCAGCAUGUCAAGAACAAUGUAAGGUCAUAUUCACAAGCCAAGAGGAUGUCUUCUCAGUCUUCUUCUUUGGUUUCUACAAACUGUGAAAUGAAUAAAAAAGCAAAGGAGUCUGAAGAGUUUCUGAGGAAAGUCAUUUAUUUAAGUUGUUGGGGUCCAAAUUGAAUUCCAACACUUCAUUUUUUGCUAUUUUUAUGUAUGUACAUACAUAUGUUCUUUAAGAAUUGAGUACAUAUUGGAUCAUGACCUUUUUU